GGUAACCAUAUGCAGGUGAGUGGCGGAGGACUUCCUGGAACUUAUCGCACCAUCCAGUUACAUUUCCACUGGGGAAGUGCCUCCUCCAAUGGAUCCUUGGAACACACCUUGGACAACAUGAGGUUUCCUAUGGAGAUGGACAUAGUCAUAGUCAACAUUAAAUCCACACAUCCAAACUUGACGUUUGCACUGGAGGAUGCAACUGGCCUUGCUGUGCUUGGAGUCUUCAUUGAUGUAAGGCAUAGGGUGUUUUUGCACAAUGAAAACUUCCAGCCCAUCGCAAGUGUACUUCCUUCUGUCACCUACAAGGGACAAAUGAAAUCGAUCAGACCAUUUCCUCUUAUUGAUCUGUUACCUCAGAACAACUUGUCGCAGUGUUCCCGUUAUCAUGGCAGUCUCACAAUGCCACCCUAUUCACAGGUGGUUUUGUGGACCGUGUAUAAAGUUCCCAUUUUUAUUUCGUGUACUGAGUUUGAACAGUUUGUGAUUGGAAUAUAUUCCACGGAAGAGGAUGCAGAUGAAAAAGUUCUUCUGCACGACAACUACAGACACAUCCACCCAACCUACAGUCGGACCAUGUACGCUUCCAAAGAUGCCAAGCUACUCAUCACAAGAGAGGAAACGCCAUUGAUAUUUCAGCUUCUUUUCAGCAUCUGGACCUUGCAGCACUAA